AUGGACCAAUAUCAAUAUAUCCGAUAUCUGACACCGUUGGAUUUAAAAAAAAAUACCAAAACGAAAAAAAUCAGCUUAAAUUGUGGCACACUUAAAGUUUGCGAAAAGAAAAACGUGCAUAGAAAGUGGAUCGAUACUAUCAGCAAAAUCUUAAAAAAACAUUCUUCAGUACCUAUUCAAAAGCUUGCGAAGAAAAGCGUCGACAACUUUAAGGUUGUAAUAAUUUUAUUUAAGGAUAAUUUUUGUACAGGUUUGAGCAGAAGUUGGAACAUUCCAUCUACAUCCAUCCUCAGUUUUGGAUGCAGGGCAAGAUCCUCUAAUCCUCUGUUUUUCGCUCACAUUUUUCUGGGUUCCUUCUUCUAUUGGGCCAUCCUCUGUUUUGGCACCAUAGUUGAUUUGGGUCCCUUGCUCAAUCCUAAAGAACAAAAGUCACGGGAUGUGGUCAGCUUUUGGGAAGAGGUUAGUGAUCGGCAGAAGAAACGUGAGCUCGGUAAUACACUAUUUUCUAUGCACUUCGAAGGUUUCUCGGAACUGGUCCAAAAUAGAAAUAAUCUGAUUCAACUAGAUGAUUCAGAUGAUUCGCACACUGAGGAUGAUGAUAAAAUUCAUGAUUCGAAUGAUUCGCAUGCUAGGGAUGAUGAUAGUGAAGAAAGUACCGAGGAAAAAUAUUAUGCUUAUAUCAUUGAUUUGGAUAAUAUAUCGGAACAAACCAAACCUGCAUUCUGCUCAAAUGACGCCUGGAAAAAUAUCAUUUCCUCUUCAAAUAUAUCAACAAAUCUACCUUCUUCUGUAGAGAAACAAAUCGACAAUUAUUUGAAAGAUAUUAGUAUUAAACAAAUACGAGAAUCAAUUGAUUCUUACAAAACAGACGAUAAUGAAGAAGAAAAAUAUACACAUAAAGUCUUUGAUCAUUUGGGAGAGAUUUCGAGUUCAUCUUCAGCUACCCGUCGAAACUUUAAUCUAUCAGAAGGAAAAAGACGACGGAUCGGAUCCAAGUCUGAUUGUGUUGGGUCUAUUGUAAAUGCUGAUGACAAAGAAAUUCCAAUAUUUGAAUUAUCCGGAGCCCCAGGAGAUAAGAUCAAACUUGAUCGGUGCAUGGUAGAUGCUCUUAAUAAUCUUCUCGAAGAAUAUAAAACGUGUGAAUUUACACUGGCUAAGGAAUUCAAGUUGGUUGUGGACUUUAUUGCCGAAGAACAUUGUCCCAAUUUACGUUACCAACAAGA